AUGUUGCGUGUGCUGAUCACCUGCACUCAGGUGUUUAUAGCAGCAGAUUCCUGCAGCAGCUCCUCAGACUGAAGGAGAGAGGACACAGAGACUCCAGAGAGAGAGACAGAGAGCUGUGAGACUCCACUGAGAAGUUUCUGGUGUGGCUAUCAUGGAGAAGCUGGUGCUCCUGAUGCUGUUGCUUGCAGGAAUAUGUGCAGUUGCCACCGGCCACUUCAGAAAAUACCACUUUGUGGAAGAUAAAAAGAGCUGGUUUGAUGCUCAGAGCUACUGUCGAGAGAAGCACACAGAUCUGGCCACCAUUGAAAGCCAGGAAGAAACCAAAAAAGUCUUAAAUAUUUCAGCUGGUUUUACUGAUGCCUGGAUCGGCCUGUAUUAUGACAAAGAGAACUGGCAGUGGUCCAAUGGAGACAAUGUGAGCUACUACAACUGGACAUCCAGUCUCAGCUGUACUAGUGUCGAUUCAAAAGGAGAGUGGGUGGACUCAGACUGCAAUAAAACUACAUAUUCUUUCAUUUGCUACAAUGAAACCAGUAACAGUCAGAGAACUAUCCUACUUUAA